GUGUGUAACACUGUGUCUUUCUCGGGUUCCUGCGUGUAACACUGUGUCUUUCUCGGGUUCCUACGUGUAACACUAUGCACGAUUUUACAACAACGAAACAACAAAGGAUGACCCCAGUGUGGUUUUACCAGGUAGUCUUGGUGUCAGUGUUAUACUCAUUUGCUGGCAGCGUCUCGCUCAAAACACAUUCACGAGAUAAUACCUUAUACGUGAAAGCUGGAAACAACAGAGGUGACAAUGUUAAGUUCAGUAUUAAGGACAGUGGGCAUGCUGUAAACUGUGGACCGGCGGCUAAUAAGAUGGACUUCAGCUGGUCCCCAAAGAUCUUGCAUCCUUCUUCAAAGCAGUUGACAGUAAAUCUGGAUAUGUUGGCCACGGUCGAUCUCGACUUGGGUCAGGUUUUUCUCAAUGCUACUGAUAAAAUGGCACCAGACACGCCCAUAUUUCAAGUGAACAGGACGGGUGGAUGCCAGAGUCUCCAAAGUUUUGGUUUUAAAAAUCUCAGCUGCCCCGUUAAGACAAACGACACAUUAAAGACGUAUAUAACGAAAACACAAGUACCUACCUUUCCUGAGGGUGAGUUUAUUAUCACUAUCGUCGUUUAUAACGAGAAGAAGGAGAUGUUUCUGUGUCUGAAAGCGGACAUCACUGUCCAAACUUGACCUUGUUGGAGUUGGAAAGAUCUGUCAACACAUGACGUCAUUAUAAUGUGAACCAGUUGGUGACACGCUUUCUGUUUGCUUUUCGAACUAGAAAUGUUUUAUGAUGUUAUACAAACGAUUACUUUGCCAAAACUGGAAAUUUCGUAUUCUGACAGGUAACUGAUUUCCAUUGUAUUGCACAAAACAUGUUUGAUCCUGAACAAAAAAUUACAUGUUGGAAGUUCCGUUAUUAUACUGAGAAUUGAGCUCAUAAGAAGACAUGUUCCAUGUGAAAAGAAUCGUUUUCUAUCGACAUUUAUCACUUGAAUGCCGACUCAGACGAGGGUCGCUUAUUAAACGUUUUAUAGGGCCGGGUGUCUGACCUUCGUCGUAAACUAUUGUGAUUACCAUACUACUGUAUGAUAUAAUCUGUAUAUCUAAUGUACGGAAUUAUGCGCCUUAAAGUAUAUCAGGAACACUUGUACUAUAUUUUUAUAAUCCUUUUGCACGACCUUGUCUAAUUUUGAUUCCCGUUAAAGUUGUCUAAGCCAGAGAUGGAUGUUAUCACAUCAAUCCUAGGCCGUACACGUGUAUGUUUUAUACGUGUUCAUGCUCUGUAAGUACAGUUUGGAAUCUCUCAAUAGUCCAGAUCAUUUUUUGUUUCCUCAAACUGAAAUAAAAUGUCAGUUACAAUACAUUGCUUAAAGUUACAAAUUUCAAAAACAACGAUAUUUUCAUUACUUGUAUGUCGUUAAAAUACUGAUACUAAUCUAAAUCGAGAUCGAUUGUCAUUGUUGACUUUAACAUAACACAUUCCAGGCUUACGCUCUGAUGUGAUACUGUGAACUUGCUAUGUAUUUAACGUGUGUAUGGUACACUGAUAUUGUCAUUUCAUGAUUUCUUUGUUGUCAUUUUCAAAUAGAUUAGAAUUUUAAUGUUUAUUUUGCAAUACUAAUGUUGUUUGAUAUCGUUUUUUGUAUAUAAUAUAUAUUAAUUGUGAUCCACGAUUUGACCUUUACAUUUGUGUAAGUUUUUGUAAGCUAUAUUCGGGUGCAUGAUACUGACAAUAAAUAUAUAAUGAACAUCAUUAUAUACCACGAUAUAAUUUGUUAUGUGUUUUGGUGGCAUUUAUGUGAGUUGACGUAAUUAUUCUGU